GAUCUCCCAGCAGCACACGCGGCUUAUCAGCGCCUGACACAUGAGCAAUUACACUCUGCACUUGUGCAGCGGCUAAUGAAAGGUUAGGAGAGCGCAUUCGUGUCCGGAGACGCGGCUCAUCUAGCUUAGUGAACUAGACCAAAUUCUUGCUUUGCAAAGUUUGCAAAGUAAAUAAUACAUUUAUUUAGUCUGGCUUGCCGGGCUACGGCUCAUCAGCAGAGAGCCAGAAUGUGCUCAGCGCGCAUCUACUGAGGCGCGCUGAUGAUCUUCAGCGCGGACGGACUACGUUUGGAAACAAAAACACGAACAUCGGAUGAGUGUUUCUAACAAGUCAGGUUAGGACCAUCCUGUCUGGAUGGAGGGUACAAGCAGCGGUUGGGCAGCUGAUCUCACCCCCCCAAGCGUGCAUCAUGAUGAUGGUGCGAAUGACACGGGCUUGGUGUUCGAGGUGGCUCUGCAGAAUGCCUCCUCCAAGCGCAGCCCCCAGUUUGCUGGUGUGGAGCUGCUGCAGUCAUUCAAGCUGCUCAUCGUCCCCUGCUACACUCUGGUGGCUCUGGUGGGCGUCUUUGGCAACUAUCUGCUCCUCUACGUAAUCUGCCACACUCGCAAGAUGCACAACGUCACCAACUUCUUCAUCGGCAACCUGGCGUUCUCUGACAUGCUGAUGUGUGCCACCUGCGUGCCCUUCACCCUGGCUUACGCCUUCAACCCCCACGGCUGGGUGUUUGGCCGCUUCAUGUGCUACCUGGUGUACCUCAUCCAGCCAGUGACAGUUUACGUGUCGGUCUUCACGCUCACAGCCAUCGGGGUGGAUAGAUAUUAUGCCACAGUGCACCCACUGAAGAAGCGCAUCUCAGUCUUGGCUUGCACAUACCUUCUGUCUGGUAUCUGGCUGCUGUCCUGUGCUCUAGUGGCCCCGGCCGUGGCGCACACCUACCACGUGGAGUUUAAAAACGAAGGCUUCACCAUCUGCGAGGAGUUCUGGAUGGGUCAAGAGAGAGAGCGGCUGGCCUACGCCUACAGCACCCUGCUGAUUACCUACGUCCUGCCUCUGUCAACACUCUGCAUCUCCUACCUGUGCAUCUCGGUCAAAUUGAGGAACUGCGUCGUACCGGGCCACCACACCGAGAGCCAGGCCGAGGCUCAGCGCAUGCGCAAGCGCAAGACCUUCCGACUUGUGAGUCUGGUGGUGGCGGCCUUUGGUAUCUGCUGGAUGCCCAUCAGCGUGUUCAACGUUCUGCGCGACAUUGACAUCGAUCUGAUUGAUAAGCAUUACUUUCUGCUGAUUCAGCUGUUCUGUCACCUGUGUGCCAUGAGCUCGUCUUGCUGUAACCCAUUCCUCUACGCCUGGCUGCAUGACCGCUUUCGUGCAGAGCUCCGGAAAAUGUUCACGUGCCGCCGCCGCAUCGGUAUCUCGGCCAACAACUGUGCCACAGCCAGUGUGGUUCUGUGAAGCCCUUUAGCUUGAGAAGUGAAGACUACUUUCACUGGGAAACCAAUAUUAAACUUAUUUUUUAAAAA